CAAGCGGCUUGAAGCCUUGAAAAAUUGAGCGCAUCCGGGGUGAGAAACUCGAAGCGCUGGCCAGUGGUGCGAUCCCAUUCGAAAGUCGAUCGAUCGAGGGGGAGACGAGAAAUGGGAGGCGGAGGAGCAACGUACAGAGGGUACGUGCAUCACGCACCGAAGCGCUGGCAUGUGGUCACCGGAAAGGGCUUGUGCGCCGUCAUGUGGUUUUGGGUCUUAUAUAGGGCUAAGCAAGAUGGUCCAGUAGUGCUGGGUUGGAGGCAUCCUUGGGAUGGACAUGAGGACCAUUCUCAUGGUCAUGGUCAUGAACAUGAGGCUUCUCAGUAAGAGGACUCAAAAGGAUGAGUGGUGCAACCGGCUCUAGACUGUGUUACUGAAUAAGGGUGCAUACAAGGUAUUUCUAUUACUAUCAGGAGUAAGAUAGCUUGUUGUAUGCUGAGCCUUGUUCAUGCACUCCGACUUUAUUGAAUUCUGAUCUUCCUAUGUCUUCUGUGUUGUUACAAAAAUGUCUUUAUCUCUGAUAAUAUUUGAACUGGUUUCUGUUGUAAUCUCAGAUGCUUAUGUAUGCUGUGAUAUCAUAAAAAUAUCUUUAUCUCU